UUCAAACGACUCACCAUUCAUUUUCUUUUUCCCGUUCAGCCGUCCACUCUCUCUCUUCUUCUCAUUCUUUUUUCUCUCUCUAAAAUAGAUAAUAGAGGAUGGGGAUCGCCAUGGAGAACCAACCACAGCAACAACAACACAAGAAUUUUCAACUUCUACAGACUUCAUCAGAGGCAUCAUCAGAGGCUGAUAAAAAGAGAUGGACGCUUAAUGAUUUCGACAUUGGGAAGCCUCUUGGAAGAGGAAAGUUCGGUCAUGUAUAUCUAGCUAGGGAGAAAAGGAGCAAUCAUAUUGUUGCAUUAAAAGUGCUGUUCAAGAGCCAGCUAAAACAGUCCCAGGUUGAACAUCAGCUUCGUCGUGAAGUUGAAAUACAAAGCCACCUUCGCCAUCCAAAUAUUCUGAGGCUUUAUGGUUACUUUUAUGACCAGAAACGUGUGUAUUUGAUCCUGGAAUAUGCUGCCAAGGGUGAACUCUAUAAGGAGUUGCAGAAAUGCAAAUAUUUUAGUGAACGGCGUUCAGCAACUUAUGUUGCAUCAUUAGCCCGGGCUCUCAUAUACUGUCAUGGGAAGCACGUAAUACACAGAGAUAUCAAGCCAGAGAAUCUUUUGGUUGGUGCACAGGGUGAACUCAAAAUUGCAGACUUUGGGUGGUCAGUGCAUACCUUUAAUCGAAGGCGGACUAUGUGCGGCACUCUAGACUAUUUGCCACCUGAGAUGGUGGAAAGUGUGGAGCAUGAUGCAAGUGUGGACAUUUGGAGCCUUGGUGUCCUAUGCUUUGAGUUUCUGUACGGGAUGCCCCCAUUUGAAGCAAAGGAACACUCAGACACAUAUAGGAGGAUUGUGCAAGUGGAUCUCAAGUUUCCUGCCAAACCAGUUGUUUCAUUAGCUGCCAAGGACCUCAUUAGUCAGAUGCUUGUAAAGGAUUCUUCUCAGCGUCUGCCCCUGAAAAAGGUACUUGAGCAUGCUUGGAUUGUGCAGAAUGCUGAUCCUUCUGGCGUUUAUAAGGGCUGAUGAGAGAGUUCUACAUCACCAAUUACUCUCACAAUCUUUGUGGCAGACUACAAUUGUUUCAUUUUUUUACCGAAGAGCAUCUUGCUCAGCUGGAUCGUAUAACUUUGUGAUGUAAAAUAACCACACCAAGAUGUUAAACCUUUGUGAUCUUCGAACCUUGCACGAAAGGAGGUCUCUUUACAUAGGAUAUGUAUUCAUUUUGCUUUUUCUCAAUGUUGUACUUUACUAUCUGCACUGUCUGGCUAGAGUUUAGAUACCAUCGGAUAUUCAUGCCAUGCUCAGUGGUUUACUUACCUGUAAUCUCUCACUUACAUUGUCAUCUCCAUCUAACAACUGAGUUGGUGGGUACUGCCACUUUUGCGCUUGAA